ACAGACACACACACCUUCCCCAACUUUAAGUGUUUUCUUCAUUUUCUGUCACUUUCCAGGGAAAAUGAAGAAGAUGGGGUGCUGCGCCAACUUUCUCGAGAGCUCCAAGCCCUAUUUUGCAAUGAUUUCGUUGCAAUUUGGGUAUGCCGGCAUGAACAUCAUCACCAAAAAGUCCCUCAACGGAGGGAUGAGCCACUUCGUGCUAGUGGUCUACCGCCACGCAAUUGCCACCGCUGUCAUCGCACCCUUUGCUUUCAUUUUUGAAAGGAGAGGACAACCAAAAAUAACAUUUCCUGUUUUUAUGCAAAUUUUCAUCCUUGGUCUCCUUGGACCGGUGAUUGAUCAGAACUUCUACUAUGCUGGACUGAAGUUUACUUCUCCGACUUUCUCAUGUGCCUUGAGCAACAUGCUUCCUGCUAUGACAUUUGUGAUGGCUGUAAUCUGCCGGAUGGAGAAAAUAGAGAUGAAGAAGGUGAGAUGCCAAGCGAAGGUGGUGGGAACGGUGUUGACGGUGGUCGGAGCUAUGUUGAUGACAUUAUACAGAGGUGGAGUUGUCAAGAUGUUUUGGACAAAGUACAUCCACCUGCACACAUCCGCUGCUGACAAGGCCGCAAACGAGCAUCAGAAUUGGUUCCUGGGCUCCAUCCUCCUCAUCAUCGCCACCCUGGCCUGGGCUUCCUUUUUCGUUCUACAGACGAAAGCUUUAAAGACAUACAAGGACCAUCAACUUUCUUUGACAUCUUUGGUGUGCUUUAUAGGCACACUUCAGGCAAUCGCUGUGACAUUUGUGAUGGAGCACAAUACCUCAGCGUGGAAACAUAACUCCAAGAUGGAUAUCAUUGCUGCUGCCUAUGCUGGAAUUGUUACAUCAAGCAUUCCAUAUUACGUUCAAGGACUAGUGAUAAAGCAAAAGGGUCCGGUGUUCACCGUUGCUUUCAGCCCUUUGAUGAUGAUCAUUGUUGCCGUUAUGGGUUCUUUCAUCCUGUUAGAGAAGAUUUAUCUUGGAGGUGUGAUUGGGGCAUUCUUGAUAGUAAUAGGGCUGUAUGCGUUUCUGUGGGGAGAACACAAGGAGAGCAAGGAGAAGAAAGCCGAAGAGAUCAUAGCAGAACCGAUGAAAUGUGUUCAAGGAAAUGGCAACUCUGUAUUGAUUAUAGAAGAUAUUGAAGCCAAUGGUGUUGAAUUGAAGAUCAACAAGAUCUCUGCAGUUACCAUUACCAUGCCUAUCCCAGAACCCACCAUCAAAACCAACCAAAUGCCAUAAAUUAAGAUAAUCAUCAAUAUAAUUAUGGUGCCAUAGGGAGAAAUCAAUCAAGGAAAAGGAUGUGCUUUUUUGCCUUUUUUCAUCCCCAUUUUGUUUCUGUCAUUUUUAGACAAAUUAAAAAGAUAUGGGGCUAAAUUAUAAAAUUUAUAUUUUAUAUGUUUAGUAUUAUGUCAUGUGUAAGCUAGCUAAUGUACUGAUGAAUAUUUCAAAAUG